UCCUGUUUAUGAACAUUAGCUUGCUAAAUCUAAUAGGAUGUGACAGCUCCAAGCCGCCAUGACCCGUGGCCGGUCAACGGUGGAUUAACCAUCCGCUAAAGUGGACAGAAUCAUAUUCUGCUGACGUUCAGGGCGGCUAAUCUGUCCUGCAGCGGGUCAGUCCUGUCCGGCUUCCACCCGGCUUCCGAGAGGCAUCACAAGACGACCGACCUGCACCCACGCGGCAGACAUGAACGGCACCGAGGGCCCCGAUUUCUACGUCCCCGUUUCCAACGCUACCGGAGUGGUGAGGAGCCCUCACGAGCACCCGCAGUACUACCUGGCCGAACCUUGGGUCUUUUCCUCGCUCGCCAUGUACGUCUUCUUCCUCAUCGUCGUCGGCGUUCCCGUGAACAUCCUCACGCUCUUCGUGACCGUCUCUCACAAGCCGCUGCGAACGCGGUUUUACUACAUGCUGGUGAACAUGGCCAUGGCCGACCUCCUUGUGAUCGGGGUCAGCCUGCCGUUCACCAUGCACACGGCGAUCAGCGGCUACUUCGUCCACGGGAUCGUCGGAUGCAAUUUCGAGGGCUUCUUCACCGUCCACGGGACCGCGAUCUCGCUGUGGUCGCUGGUCGUCCUGGCCACGGAGAGGUGCGUCAUGUCUUUCCAACCCGGCGUCGACCUCCGGACGCGCCGAAAGCUCAUCGUCAAGGGGGUCGGCUUCACCUGGUCGAUGGCUUUCACCUGCUCCCUGCCGCCCCUCCUGGAGUGGUCGCGCUACAUCCCCGAGGGUUUGCAGUGCUCGUGUGGCGUCGACUACUACACCAUAAAGCCGGAUCUGUACAGCGAGUCUUUUAUUUAUUACAUGUUCACCGUGCACGUCGGCGUCCCGUUCAUGCUCAUCACCGUCUGCUGCGCUCGGCUGCUUUGCAGAAGCGAUCCGAACGAGAGCGAACAGGAGGCCAACCGCAUGACGGUCACCAUGGCUUUGGUGUUCUUCAUCUGCUGGACGCCGUACCUUUCUCUGGGCUGGGACAUCUUCACUCAUCACGGCAGCGCGUUUGAUCCUUUCUUAAUGACCAUGACUUCUUAUUUUGCAAAAAGUUCGGUGCUGUAUAAUCCACUCAUCUGCAUCUGCAUGGACAAGCAGUUUCGGCAGGGUAUGAUGGCCAUGUUGUUCCAAGGAAAGAACCCUUCUACAUAGGCGUGGGACGUAACUGGUGCGUACGGAGCAGCUCAUUACUUUUUGAGUCCGUCUUGCUCCCCGCCUCAAACUGGACAUGGACUUUCUUUUAGUGUAACUAUGGCUGGAACUCCAAGGUCUGAAAACGCACAUAUUCUUAAAGUUUAACGUCUACAUUAAACUAUAUUUAAUUUGGACAGUUUGUAAAUGUUUGCAUUAAUUGUUGGGGAUUUUUCAAAUAAUUUUGUGUGCUGAUCAAAUCUAGAAGAGUGGAUUAACCUGUCAGCAUGUUCAACUCUAUUUAAUCUGUUCCCAAGGUCAUGAUGAUAAUCAGGACGAUUAGAUCCAAGCAGGUCAGGAUGAGUUUAAACAAGCAAGAAGCCCUAAUCUAACUACCAGGGAUGUUCCAAUACACUCUACCCACGAUGUGAUGCGAUUCACGAUACUGGGUUCACGAUACAACUUGUUCCCGAUUUUUUAAACUGAAAUUGAAGACAAA